CACAUUGCCGUGAAUCGGAAAUUCAUAAACUAGACUUAGACAGCAUAAACAAGACUGAAAAGUUACUCAAAAUUUCUGUUGUGAACGAACCGCGAGAAAUGUCGGUGGGCGGCGAAUUUCAGACGCUCUGCAGGGACUUGUUCUCCAACUCCAUGACCCACGUCUGCUCGGCCGUGGUGCCGGAAUCCCUGACCAAGAAGUAUCGCAACCGGCUGAUAAACACCCGGGAUCCCUACAGUAUCUACCAGCUGGACAGUCGGAACACCAGCUACCUGCUGGUCUUCCACUUCGAGGACAUGCUCGACUGCCAAACCAUCCAGCUGACCGAUGUGCACAACCUCAACUGCAGGACCCACAGCGGUGAUUCGAAGAACCUGUACUUCGGCUACAGCCAUCGCAUGUGCUACAACUACACGAUGGACCUGACCUCGGACCUCAAGGAGCACUGCGGCGCCAGGGGCUACGAGGAGAACAUGCAGUCGGGCUACUACUACACCAACCACGAUCCGAACCCGGACAUUAGGACCGAUGUAGACGCCGGAGCCCUUCUGGCAUUACCCACUUUGUUCAUAUGUCUGGUUAUAUCCAUCUUAUUGAUCGCCUUUCUGCGGUGGAGGACAUCUCGUAUAUAGGGCAGGCACAUCUGAUAUUUUCAGACUUUCAAGUCAAAACCACCUUCCCCUGGAAAAAUGAGGAGCCGGCAUUCUCUACUCACCAACCGCUGCCAACGAAUAAGCGAAAUAACGUGGAGCCUGAUCUGUUCCGGCGAUUAUCCCGAGGAUGUGAAGAUCCGCUUCGGAGGCAAGUUAUCAUCCGCUGGUGACCCGUAUGCGGUAUUUGGGUCCCAUUACGACGAAGAUUCCCAGGAACUGAUGGUGAUAAUGGGCAGCGAGCAGUUCGGCUUCUGUCAACGCCUUUAUGUGAUGGGCAUGAACGAGUUCCAGUGCAUCGGUGAGGACGAACUGCUCAGGAUAGUCCAUACGAAUCACAGUCAUGUGGUCUGCUUGGACUUCUUCUUCCGCAUGGCCUUCGAACUGGAAAGGGCUUGCAGUCCCGAAAAGGUGGUGGAAAAGGAGUUCACGGUCCUCUAUUAUGCAAAUACCGAGUACACAGACUCCCAGAACGAAGGCACCACAAUCGGUUUCGAUGUGGUUAUACUACUUAUUUCGGCAGUUCUGGCGAUUCUUCUCCUUCUACGCUGGCGAUAGUCAUAAUUCUAAGCAAACAUUUUAUUCCCCAAAUCGAUCCGGUCAUUCUGACAGGCCUCGCCAGUGCUGUAAUCAGAUAUUGUGCUUUGUAUAGAUAUUCUGGUGAGCCACCGAAAUGUUCCGAGAUUUAAAAACAAUAUUUUUUUAGAUUUCUUAAAAGCAUUGUUUCUACAUCUCUGGAACAUUUCCAGCGACUACGCAAAUAUAAAUUGUCAGUCUUGUAAC